GUCCUUCCCUGCACAUGAACAAAGCAGGACUAACACACACCACACACACCAACAGCUAGCACUACCGUCUGAAAAUAAUUGACCAAUGCAUAUGGAAUAUACUGAUGUUUACGCGUAAGAAGAUCCCUGGUGGAUACUGACCUGACUGUCUGGAGCUACACACUGUACAUAGGAAGUGGACCUGUCACCUUGUGAAUUUGUUGUGUGGCGAUUGUCUGCUGUGGUUGAGGGCUAUUUUCCUGGUCAUUCCGUCACUGCUAUGGUCUGUGUCUGUGGGAGCCAGCCUAGAACUGGCCCUUGUCCAGGGAGGGGUCUGUUUUAGCACUGCACUGGGUGCUGAGUUAAGAGUGUGUGUGAGUGAGAGGGGGAGACCUGUUCUUACUGCAGUCAGAGGGAUCAACCGUCUGUCAGCUCUGCAGCGAUGCAGGGCCCUGCCGUGAUUCUGCUGCUACUCAGCUAUGGCACCAUACAACAGAUGACCUUCAUAAUGGGUGAUCCUACAGCAGCCAGACAGCACUGUCAAGACUACAACUCCACCUGCAUCCCUCACACAGACAAACAGGAGAAAGUGAUUUUAGCUGCUGAGAAGGUGCUUGGUCGAGUUGCGACCAGGGCAACAUUCAGAGAAGAGUCUCAUGGACCCAGGCUGAGAGAUCAGACUGCAGAGCAGGACACAGCCAAGAACACUAACCUAUCAGCACAGUCAUUGCCAUCCAUAAGAGCUCAGUCAGUUCCAGAGACACAGAGAAAGACAAGGAUAACACCUGAAACAGACAAAUUAAAGCUCACUCAGAAGAUAGGAUGGCUGAAUGAAACUUCCACACUGCAGGAUGAUAAAGCAGCAAAGAUCACUAGAAACAGAACAGUAUAUUCACAAACCGCUGGAUCUCUUCAUCAGCCAAACCAAACCAAUACAGCCAGAGAUGUCUCUGGCAUGAAAGGUGUAGUAGUACCAUCUCAGACAGUGGAGACAGCCAUUCUCAGUCCCACUGCAUGGUCAGAAAACCCCACUGAACCAGCCCUGCUGAUCCAGGAGUCAGACAGUGAUGGAGAAUCAAUAGGCUCAGGGAGAAAUACAUCAGUGAGGUUAGAUGAUUUACAGAUCCCACCUGAACCCAAACAGGGCUUUGGGCCUACAAGACAAACAUGGUCCUUAGAACACACCAUAAAACCCAACCUUUUGGAAUUCAAGAAAAUAGAUGCGGAGGAGCUACUGAGGCAGGCUGUGAUUCCUCUGCCUCCAGUGCUACCUCCAAAUAAUAGCACUGUCACAGGGAGAAAGACAGCACUGGAGGCAGAGGAGCCUCUGGGACAAUCUCCAACACAUCAAAACACCACUGGUAUCACUUCCACAUCAACAGGUGACAAAGCUUCAAAGAGACAAAGGGGCCAAAAGACUGUGACAAAGACUUUGACAGAUUCUGGACAAGUCAUGGAGAAGGGGGAUAAAGUUUUAUCCCAGGAGCCACCCACAGAGGAUCUAGAGACAGACACAGAAACAAAGACAGAGUUCGAGUCAGCAGAAGAGAUGGACACAGAAACAGAAAUGGAAGAAAUUGAUGAGGACAAUGAUAAGGAAUCAGAGACAGAGGAAACAGAUGUAGGCGACAGCAAGUUGGCACACAACAUCACUCAAGUCAACACAAGGCAGUUUAAAAAUAAUGGAGGAGCCGUCAAAACUGAUGUUCUAACUGAGCUCAUGUCCCCGGAGCCGAGAGGAUUAGAGCGGGAACUGCCGCCUACCCCUCUGCCUCCUGCCAGUGUGCCAGGUAAAGUACACAGCAUAUGUCCUUUGACACAGUACCCUCACAGCAUGCACCCCUCAGACUCUCUGUGGGCCGAGUUUUACUUCUGUUUCCUCAGAGACACUGAGCAGAGAGGUCAAAGGGUCAUCGCCAUGACAGCAGGGGCAAGGACUCAACCUCUGACACAGGGUCUGUCUCUGAAAGCUCAGAGGAUGCUGUACGAGUCCAGGAUGAACACCCUGUCCGUUCCUGUCGUUUCAGCCAAUCAUCAACCAAAACACGCACUCAAAGAGCGAGGGACAGCCUAUAGACCGGGGCUUCGAGUGCAACAGGGACUUCAGGGCCCACCUGGUUUGACAGGGCCACCUGGACCAAAAGGGGAUAAAGGCUACGCUGGCGGGAUGGGCCGGACUGGACGCACAGGUUACCGAGGCCCCAUUGGUCCACCAGGGAUGCCCGCCAUCGUAGUGUUCAAGAGCUCUGAGGAAGAGUGGGAGAACUUCAAGAAAAAGACAUUCUACAAAAAGCUUGUUGCAACUUGGCCGAGAUUGAAGGGCCCUCCAGGGCCCCUUGGCCCCCCUGGGGAUGCUGGACCUCCUGGACCCCCGGGAAUGACUGGAAAACAAGGACGAAAAGGAGAUGGAGGGAAAAUCGGUGGUCCUGGACCACCAGGGAUGCCCGGGCCUCCAGGAAGAACUGGGAGUGAUGGGAUUGAUGGUAUAAAUUCUGAUGAUGGCCCUGCAGGACCACCUGGGGAACAGGGUCUCCAGGGUUACAGAGGAGAGAAGGGCAGCAAAGGGGAGCUGGGUGAGUGGGGUUAUGAAGGGGAACCAGGACCCCAGGGAAACAGAGGCCGGAAAGGAGACAAGGGGAAUAAAGGAAACCGAGGGCUCAUGGGGAUCACUGGAUACAUAGGAAUACCUGGAGCCAGAGGGCAACUGGGCUACCCAGGAACAUCUGGACCUCCUGGAGACAUCGGUGGCAUUGGUUUUGUUGGAUCACCAGGCCCUCCUGGCAAAAUGGGGCCAAGAGGGCCAAAGGGGGUACCAGGAGUCAAUGGACCACCAGGCCAACCAGGUGAGCGAGGCCUAAGGGGACCACUCAGGCCUCAGGGAGAGCCAGGUCCUGAUGGGAUUGUUGGAUUCCCUGGCGUUCGUGGACCUCAGGGAAAAACAGGUGCAGAUGGGCCUACAGGUCCGAAAGGGGAUCCCGGUGACGCAGGUGAUGAGGGAAAUAUAGGAGAAUCAGGACUCUCUGGGCUUCACGGAGCCAAUGGCAAACCAGGAAAAACUGGACCCUCAGGUGACCCAGGGAUCAAAGCAUCUAAGAGAAGUGACAAGGGUGACCCAGGAUUUAAAGGGGACCAGGGUCGACCCGGGCCUCCAGGUAAAAGAGGCUUUAAAGGCAGAGGAGGAGCAUCAGGGCUGCUAGGUAAUGUUGGACCAGUGGGGCCCCCUGGAUUUCCUGGAACCACAGGUUAUGAUGGAAUCAUUGGGGAGAAUGGUAAGCAGGGAAAAGAUGGGCCAAAGGGUGGCAGAGGUCCUAGCGGUGGGCCAGGCGUUGUUGGACCUAGAGGUGAUAAGGGGCGAGAAGGUCGAGUAGGAUUUGCCGGUUUGCCAGGGCCUUUUGGAGAGAUGGGGAAGUCAGGAGAGAGAGGAGCUGAAGGAGAACCCGGUAUUAAGGGGAGGACUGGAAUUCCAGGAGUCACUGGACUGAAAGGGCUGAAGGGACUUCAAGGCUAUCUAGGAGGUAGGGGACUGGAUGGAACACAUGGACCCCCGGGACCCAUUGGAGGAACUGCAUCUGACGGGGAUACUGGAUCUACUGGACUAAGGGGAAUGGUGGGGAAGACUGGGGCACCAGGGAUUCAAGGUCCAGUUGGGAAGAGUGGGGAUUCUGGUGGUAGAGGGAUCACUGGUAAGCCAGGAAAGCCAGGAGUCAGGGGUGCCAAAGGUAAAGAGGGUCCGAACGGCCUUCUGGGAAAUCCUGGCCUGAAGGGAAACAGAGGUCAAGAAGGUUCGAAGGGGAAACGCGGAAGUCCAGGCGUGCAGGGAUUGACAGGGAUACAGGGAUACAGAGGAGCUCCUGGCAUAGCAGGCAAUAUAGGACCAUGGGGUGAGGUGGGCCUCCAAGGGCCACCAGGGGACAAGGGGCCCCCAGGAUUAGUUGGGCCCCGUGGAGUUGUAGGUUACCCAGGUAAAGAUGGACCACAGGGAGGUAUUGGGCCAUUGGCAGACAAUGGGGAUAAGGGGUCCAGAGGAGCUAUCGGACAGAAGGGAGUUGCUGGUGUCGAUGGUGAGGAGGGCCCGACUGGAUUGUGGGGUCCAAUGGGGCCACCAGGACUGAAGGGGCUACCGGGUGAAAAGGGGAAGAUGGGCGCUCAGGGGGAAAGAGGUGGAAAGGGGAUCCAGGGAGACAGAGGCCACCAAGGUCAAGAAGGACCAAAGGGCCCACUGGGGAAAGAAGGAUACUUAGGGCCAUCAGGGGACAGAGGGAAAGAAGGAGCUUCAGGACUUAAGGGCCAGCCGGGCAUCAGAGGCCCUACAGGUCUCGCUGGGCGUUACGGACCAGGGGGCAACACUGGAAGAGGCCGUGCCAAGGGAGAGAAGGGGCUCCCCGGAACUACAGGGCCUCCUGGAAGGUUUGGGCCUACAGGCUUAGUUGGACCAAAAGGACCAACAGGUUUACCAGGAAAAAGAGGAGUCGAUGGAAAAAGUGGACUUGGUGGACUUAAGGGAGAUUAUGGGGAGAGGGGAAAGACUGGGGCUGGUGGUAUCAAAGGAGAUGUGGGAUUGCAAGGUCCAAGGGGGAAGAAAGGAGAGUCUGGAACAGGAGGCAAAAUGGGGACAUUGGGAAAGAGGGGGUUCACCGGGUCUCCAGGAGGUAAAGGCAGAUCUGGGCCUGCUGGUGCCCCUGGAGAGAAAGGUGGUAAAGGAAUAGAAGGGCCAAAGGGAUUGCAUGGCAGCCCAGGAAAGAGGGGAGGCAGGGGAGUUAGAGGCAAACCAGGAGAAGAAGGCCCAUUGGGACCGGAUGGACCAGUUGGAAGAUCUGGAAAGCCAGGACUUGCUGGUUUGGAUGGAUUGCUGGGGGUUGAAGGAAAUGAAGGAGAUAAUGGUGAUAUUGGUUACAGAGGAACCCCUGGGAGGCCUGGUCUACCAGGGAAGAUGGGUCAAAGUGGACAACCUGGAUUGAGUGGUGGUCACGGAGCACCAGGGUCAAAGGGUAAUCUUGGAUCAAAAGGAAAACGAGGACCUGCAGGGCCAAUGGGGCCAAGGGGUAUUCCAGGGUUUGGAGGAGCAAAGGGGAAGUUUGGCCAGCAUGGAUCAAAGGGUCAGGCAGGCGGCAGAGGCCUGCAGGGACAUAUUGGACCGCGAGGAAUCAAAGGUCUCUUUGGAAAUAGGGGAAUGAAGGGGAUACAAGGAAUGCCUGGAGUUAAGGGACUGAAAGGUGUGCGUGGACAACCAGGAAAACCAGGUCCUCCUGGCCGUCCAAGAAACAGGCGACCUGGAGCCCUUGGUAAAAGAAGAGGAUCCAAAAAACAAACUCGGGCCAUGACCAGGAGAACGCUUACCUCACUGCCUGACCAGAAGCCAAGCAGCUCCAUCAGCUGGCCUCAGGGCAGCAAAGACAGCCCUGCAACCACCUGCCACGAGCUGGGGCUGAUUCAUCCACACCUGCAGGAUGGACACUUCUACAUGGACCCUAACCAGGGCUGCCCAUUUGAUGCCGUGCAAGUCUUCUGUAACUUCACUGCAGGAGGGAUGACCUGUAUACCUCCUGUCCAGUCACAGAUAAUAGGAAAAUGGGAACCAGAAAAAAACAUGUCAAAAAAGUAUAUCCAGUGGUUUAGCCAGCUUGAUGGUGGCUAUAAGUCUGAGUAUGCUGGUCUUGAUGUGGUCCAGCUCCGAUUUCUACGGUUACACAGCCACUCUGCCUCUCAGCACCUGACCAUCGCCUGCCCUUUUAACCACAAUAGUAGAGAAAUCAGGAAAAAUGCAACAAACAGGGUUCUUCACUUUCUGGGAGACUCUGGUGGGGAGAUUGGUUCAAGCUAUAUGACAGUAUCGAAGAAUGGUUGUGAAGUGGAGGUGGAGGUACAAGUGAGGGGAAGCACAGAGAUCCACAGAGGGGACAUGGAGCUGCUGCCCCUCAGGGAUGUUCGUAUGGAGGGAAGGGGAGACCACUGGGACACAGACCUCAGAGCUGUCCUGGGACCUUUGUGCUUUUUGUAGCCUCAGCUUAUCCAUAGAGAAGCAGCACGCUCUGACCAGUGUAUGGGUCAAGAACAUUUGGGUGCAAUUCCUCUUCAGGACAAAAGAAAGAGAUAUCAUAAUUUUGUGUGAUAGCUUUAGCAUUUGUGUAAUUGUGAUAAAAACUAGAGCUAUAUAAUAAAAUGUAGUUUGAGUUAUUUGUUAAUCUUAUCAUAUGUGUCUUUUAUAAAGAAAAAUAUAAAGCUGUUGUGUUUAUCUCCCGCAUUUCUAUCUUUUUUGAAUGAUUCAUUUUUCUUAGUGAUGUACUGUGUGUAUAUAUGCUUCAUAUUAGAUUCAUGUGGAUGUUGUAUUUAAUUGUUAAGCUUUUGUAAGUAUGUCUUUGCUAUUAUUUGAUGUCUUGUUUUUUUAUUCCUGUCGACUAAUACCUGAAGUCUUGAUGAACACCAAUAUCUGGAUGGUCUAAACUUCAAAUUGUUAUAAAUUGAAAUGUUUGUAAAGUAAACUGAAGUGACAUUUCAAUAACUUGAGCACACAUUUUAUGGUUUAUACCUCAAAUGCAGUAAACAGUAGUACACCCUGUUGUCACAAAUGGAAUUAACCGAAAUAUGUGCAGUGAAUUAUAUAAAUGGUUUUCGUAAGAUGAUGGAAAACUGUUGUAGUAGGCUGCUGUAUGUAUUACAGAACAUAAUUUGCAGGACAAUAAACCCAUGCUGGGUAAAACUGUUGUUCAUA